CAAAAUGUGAAAUAUUGAAUAACUCUUGAACUACUUUUCUGCUAAAUUUAUUCUUUGAAACUGUAAAAAAAUAAUUUAAUUCUGUCACGAAAUUCUAAAACACUCUUUUGAAACUUGGUCUUUUAAUAACAAGCAAGCAAUAUGGCAUUUGGAAUGGGUUUUGGCAAUCCAACUACAUCUGCUUCCACAUUUGGCACACCAGCCUUUGGUGGAUUUGGCUCUACUGCAGCACCUGCAAGCUCAACAGGCUUUUCUUUUGGAGGAGGUCUUGGAACAGCUACGACCACUGCAGGCACAGGAUUCUCUUUUGGAACAUCAGCUCCUUCAUCUGCCCCCUUCUCUUUUAGUGGAAUAGGUACCACCACAAGUGCACCUUCUUUCGGUUUCGGUGGCUUUGGUUCAACAGGUGCUACCACAACAACAUCUUCAGGAUUUACUUUUGGCCAACCAAGUGGUGGUUUAGGUGGUGGUGGAUUAUUUUCUACUGGCUUGGGUAUGCAACCAGCUGGUGGAAUGACUGGUAUGACUCAACAGCCAAAUCCUAUUGACACUGUUACAAGUCUUGUGACAGCCUUAACAUGCCCUAUGUUGUAUGGUGAUGAGAGAGAUGCUAUCAUUGCAAAGUGGAAUCAACUCCAGGCAUCAUGGGGUACUGGUAAAGGAUACUUUUCGCCAAAUGCUGCACCUGUUGAAUUCACUCCAGAAAAUCCAUUCUGUGUCUUUAAGGCUGUUGGAUACAGUUGCCUUCCCGCUGCUAAGCCAGAAGAUUGCCUGGUUGGCAUUGUGCUGAAUAAGAAAGAUGAAGAGAUCUUAAACCAGCAGCAGCAAGUGGUAGACACUUUGCACAAAUGCUUUGGUAGCAAGCCCAACAUUUCUGUUGUUAUUGAUGGCAUAAAAGCCCUUCCAGAGGAUAGAACAGAAGUUGUGUUUUUUCUGUCCGAAAGACUUCAAACAGGACUUACCAGAAGAAUUCCACCCUCAGAAGUUUGCAGUUACAUGGAACAGCCAACAAUUAAGCCUCAAAUAUCCAGCAUUGGAGUACUUAGUGUUUCUGCUAAAACAAUGCCUAGCAAAGAACAACUUCAACAAUAUCUUGACAAUCCUCCUGCUGGUAUUGAACCAAUAAUAUGGAAACAGGCCAAAAUUGAUAAUCCUGAUCCAGAAAAAUUAAUUCCUGUUCCUUUAAUUGGCUUUCAAGAACUUUCUCGGAGAAUGAAAUGCCAAGACUAUGAAACUAAGCAGCAUCAAAAACGAUUGGAUAUUAUUUCUGAUGAUAUUGCUGAAUUGAAUCGAAACCACACCACCACAGUCGCUAAAAUAGCAGAGCACAAGAGGAAACUUUUAGAAUUGCAACAUAGGGUGCUAAAAGUAUUAGUUCAUCAAGAAAUCACUAGAAAAAUGGGUUAUUCGAUUCAAGCUGAUGAAGAACAGCUCAGAAUCAAAUUGGAAGCCAUUCAGGCUGAACUCAGUGCACCUACACAAUUUAAGGGUCAUUUACGAGAACUGACAUCGCAAAUUAGAAUGCAAAAUUAUCAAACUUCUACUUUUGAAGGAGAAAGAUACGCUAUGGAUGAAGUAUCUAAAGAAGAAAUAAAAGAGCAACUUUUGGCACAGCAAGAAGGAAUAGCUUUGUUAAUCAGCAUAAUAAAAGAGGAUAUGGAAGAUCUAAAGAUCAUUGAAGAAAUAACCAAAAGAGGAACUUUUCACCUUAAGUAAUACUGCCCAAAGAACUCAAUGUGUAAAGUAACUAUUUUCAUCUGAAGCAAUGGAUUAAAAUUUUAUCGAUUGGAAAAGAGAGAAAAAAAAAAAAAAAAAAAAAAACAA